AAAAUUAGGGAUCGGGGAGGGGAAAGGGCCCCAUCGUUGCCUAGGUGUUCGUUUGAAGUUGGAGCAAGUUUUCGGGUUGGUGGGAGGGUGCGAGGUGAAGCGGGGUCCGUCGGUGAGGGGUACGAGGCCCGCAGCCCCCCAAAACAUAUAAACACCCUCCUAAUUCUCACCAUCCCGGCAAACCUUAGCGCCUCGGGCGAAAGCCCUGUUUCUGGAGGGUUUUUUGUUGAUGGUUUUGGUGACCUCGGCCCUUCUCUGUCGCUUUUUCAGGAUGAAUUUCAUCCCUUCAUUGAAGCACUUCUGCCUCACGUCCGAGCGUUUGCAUACACAUGGUUCAACCUGCAAGCCCGAAAAAGAAAAUACUUCAAAAAACAUGAAAAACGCAUGUCAAAAGAGGAAGAGAGAGCCGUGAAGGACGAACUGCUAAGUGAAAAACCCGAGGUAAAGCAAAAAUGGGCAUCCAGACUUCUGGCAAAGCUCCGGAAAGAUAUCAGGCCUGAAUUUCGGGAGGAUUUUGUUCUCACAGUCACAGGAAAAAAGCCUCCGUGUUGCGUUCUUUCCAAUCCAGACCAGAAGGGCAAGAUGAGAAGAAUUGACUGCCUUCGCCAGGCAGAUAAGGUCUGGAGGUUGGACCUUGUUAUGGUGAUUUUAUUUAAAGGUAUUCCGCUCGAAAGUACUGAUGGCGAGCGCCUUGUAAAGUCCCCACAGUGCUCUAACCCUGGGCUGUGCGUACAGCCCCACCAUAUAGGAGUUUCUGUUAAGGAACUCGAUUUAUAUUUGGCAUACUUUGUGCACGCAGCAGUUUUCACUUAUUCCGUGCUUGUAUCAAAUGACAAGUUGGAAACCAUUGUGGCAAACCGUUUUCUUUGUGGGAGUCGAACAGUAAAGCUAAUUUAUGACCGAUUUAAAAUAUUUGUACUUGCACCACCACAAAGAGGGCGUCGAUGGGAAUACCCCAAAGGCUGGUUAAUACCGAAAACCGCUGCAGAUAGCCAAAAUACCCGCAGAGGUAUCGGGGAGUCUGAAAAGGUGCAUAAGGCUUCGUGCCGUAAUCUUUUAGUACAAUUGGUGUUGAUUGUUGCUGCAUUAAUCCUGUUAAUAGCCGCAGCCCGCUCGGCGUGUUGCAGGGAUGUGAGAGGUGUUCUGACAAUACUCUACAUCACCGAAAGAGCUGUCACAGCGUCUCGAACUCCUGCGAGCCGCUCUGCGAAAGUGGAGCAUUCGACGGCGGAAACUAUUGCCGGCUCGUAUAGAAACACGCACCAUAUUGUUUACUUAAUUAUGCCGUAG